GGGGCCGCAGGGGAAGAGGAGAGUCGGUAUGUCUCUCGACGAUCCCCCUGUCCUCUGCGGCCGAAGGGUGUGGCUGCCUCUGUAUUGGGCGCAAUGUGUGGGUGUCACCUGCCUAUCACCUCUUGCGCCCGUACAGAGGCAGACUUGGGUGCCCUGUGGCACCCAAGAUUUUGUGUGUGUCCUGGUCGGUGAUGCCCGCUCCCCCCGUCAGCUUUCUGACUGGUGCGCGGAGCGGGCUUGAUGGUCCGCGCCACGCUCGCGUGGCGUAAGGGGCGGGUGGUUAGCACUUGUGCUUGCUACUCGCCCAGGUCGGGGCCGAAAGGCCAGCCGGGGGGGCGUCGCGGUGAAAUGCCUAGCGACCCCGUGACGUCCCCCAUAACGACAGCGUGGAAACGCCCCAAGGGUUUAGUGGGUAGGCUGGGCCGACUAGCGGUCCAGGAGUCCCACUCAGUGCGUAACAAGCAUUCAUGGGUAAACAAAAAAAAAAGGUGUGUCAAUGUCAGGUGUCAGUCACGCUUUUCAGUCAACGUAGGUGUAGGUGUUAUGUACAUGUAGUAGUCAAUGGGUAGUAGUGUUAGAUAUACUUAUGUGGUUUGUGUGUUUGUAUCAUAGAUACGAAUAUCACUGGUGAAUAAAAAUCAUAAAAUAAGAGACAUGUCUAUAUCAGAUCUCAAACACACCCUAAGGAAGUAUGAAUUUCCAUCUUGUGCUAAGGAAGCUCUUGGGAAAGUCGAACAAAUAUUGAUUGGUCGGGUGGGCCCAUCAACUAAACAGAUUGAUAUAGCUAUGGACAUAAUAUCAGAAUUUGUGUUUUGUGAUAAUGAUCGCCGUGGAGGGCGGCGCAGCACUGGUCUGAGUCACUUGCAGCAGUUGCAGCUGAUCGACAUCAUCUGUGACUACCUCUCGGAGUGCACAAAUGAGACAACAAAAAAUACUGUAUUUCUGUCUCUUUUUGGUGGCAUGGAAAGCCAAAGAAGGCUGAAAAUUCUUUGUAUCCUGGCAAGUAUGGCAGUCUCCGCUUCAAGUACUCCUGUGCUACUGGCUGUAGGAGUGUGGCUCCAACAAACGGGCUGCUCCUCGCCGCAGUCGCUCCAGCUGGCGGAGAACAUUAUCCGUGACCACUUCUUCCUCAACACGUCCAACCGGAGCUCCUUGAAGUCCCUCGCCAACUCUGCCCCGCAAUUCGUGUCUAACUUCAUCACGGCCGUCACAGAAUUGUAUUUGAAUGAUACGCCAGGAACGAAACAGUUGCCACCCAAGCAUCUUUUGGAAAUCAUUACAGUUUGGGUGUACAGCAACCCAGCGCUGUGCACGUCGGCGCAGCAAAGCGCGGCCGCGCUGCCCAGCGGCGCCAUCCCCAUGGCCGCCGUGACGCCGCUGGCCGGCCUCGUGCGCUGGUGCGCGCGUGCGCCGCUCCACGCCCCGCCUGAUGCAGAGAUGGUAGAAGUAAUCGUUCCAAUAAAGAAAAUAAAAAUAGAAGACCAAAGCGACGCAAUCAUCAAGACUCCACCGCCGACAAUAACCAUGACAGAGUCAGAGUUAUACAUCAAGCUGCAUUUAGGCGUGCUGCAGAGCCUGCGCGCAGGUCGUCGACCUCUCAGCGCUCCGACAGCCGUCAGCGCGCAGCACCUCGCCGCGCUCGCCCUGGCGCUGCGACACUCGGCCGCCGCGCCCGACGUGUUACAGGAAUGCCUGGACAGACUGGGGCAGGCCGUGCAGGUGGCGCUGGCGCACGGCUGCGUGUUCGGGAACGUGAGCAGCCUGCUGGCGGCGCUGGAGGCUUUGCCCGCCAGCCGGCUGCUGCGCCUCGUCGUGCGACAACACCGGCAGCUCGUCUGACGCCCAUUGCUGAGCAUAGCCUCCUUUCGCGUUCGCCACACACGGUUUUCUAUAUAUGAAUUUGAAAAAUGUGAUAUUCAUAAGCAGUCCAUGUUUAAAGAACUGGAGUCAAUUGUUGUACUUAGGUCAAUUUGUAAAUAUGUUUUAAUAUCUUUAAGGUCUGUCAUCAAUGUUGUGAGUUACUUUAAUCUCAAUGCUCUUUAAAUAAACACUUAUACAGUGCCAUGAAACAAAAUAUAUAACUUCAAUAGCAGUUAUUCCCUUGAGUAGUUCUCUAAUUGCACAACAACUUUCAACUUAUCAGUGUAGUUGAAUUAUGUGAAUAGAUGUAAAUUAAAAUAAUAAACCAGAAUAACAAUAUAA